CCCUACACCCUUUCUCAUUUCAGCCACUUGUCCUUUGCAAAGUACUUUCUUUGUCCCCUCCACACUCAAAAUCCAUGCCCCAUUUUCCUUUCUUUUUCCCAACUUCUCAUUAAUUUGUUUCAUUAUUAUUCCCUCCCUCUUCCAUUUCCUGUUCUUCAUGUUUUCUUGAUUUUUUCACCGCCCUUUUUCUCGAGCAUAACUUGAUUGUUUUUGCUUCUCCAUUUUUAACAUCUUUGGUUGAUUUUUAUAGUUAUUGUGGAAUCGCUCUUUUAUUGUUGCUGAGGUUUUCUUUAAAUUGGGUGCUAAAGACUUAAUCUUGAAGCUUAGUCUAAGCUAAUAUGAACUUAAAGAUCAGAUUUUUCCAUUUGGGUGUGCUUAAAUUUGAGCAUGGAACAUUUAAAAAUGCAUCUACAUGUGAAAAUAGUUAAGUUAGAUAGUGUAGUUAUUUUGUGGUGGGGUUUAUAUGGUUUUGACAUGGGUGAUGCAGAUGAGAGGAGGAUGGAGAAUCUUUCAUUGGACACAAGCAGAUUUUCAAGGGACUUAUUGCAAAGAUUUUUGGGCACUACUACUUCAGAAAAAUCUGAACUUGAGGAUAUAAAUGAAGAUGAGUUGAAUCUUGGUUUGUCAUUAGGAGGUAGAUUUGGUGUUGACAAAACUUCAUUAGUAAGGUCUUCUUCUAUAGCUGCUAUUUUACCAACAGUUAAAGAUGAUGAUGCACUGAAUUCAUCAUCAUCAUCACCACAAGUAUCUUAUAAUCAUAGCAGCUUGGUUAGAACUUCUUCAUUGCCAGUGGAAACUGAGGCAGAAUGGAGGAAAAGGAAAGAAUUGCAGAGUUUGAGAAGGAUGCAAGCUAAGAGAAGAAGGUCAGAGAAAGUACAAAGGAAUUUAAGGGGUGAUAAUAAAGGAGGAGGAGAUGAAAAGAGAGGGAUUGAGAUGAAAUUGAGAGGAAGAAAAUUGGAGAGGGAACAGUAUUUGGCUACUGCAAAAAAGUUUAGUUGUGGGUUGCCAACAUUGGCUGCUUUUGGGGCAAUGACAAAAGGGAAAGGAAGUUAUUUGGGUAAUAAAAUGCAAGGGCUUGGAAAACCAGCAUCACAGGAAUCAAUGGAAUCUCAAGGUGGGAAUUCUUCUAGUAUUUCUGAAUUGGAAAGUAAACCUGCACAAGGGUCGGCUGAGGCGAGCCCUCCCAGUAUCCAGUCAUUACAAGAUGGAUGUGGUCAAGAAAUUGGUUCCUCGGGGUCAAAAAUGAGAGUUGUGAGAAGCAGAAGAGCGAGAGAUCAAGAGAUGGAAAGUCCAUGUAACAAGCAUGAUACAACAACAAGUCAAGUGCAGGAAACUGGAGCAAACACGUUAGGGGAUAUGCCAUGUGUUUUCACAAAAGGAGAUGGUCCUAAUGGGAGAAGAAUAGAUGGAAUAUUAUACAAGUAUGGUAAGGGGGAAGAGAUUAGAAUUAUGUGUGUGUGUCAUGGAAGUUUUCUCUCACCAGCCGAGUUUGUCAAGCAUGCUGGAGGUAGCGACGUCGCUCAUCCUCUUAAGCAUAUAGUUAUAAAACCCAAUCCUUCUCCCUUUCUCUGACCACAAAGAAUGGUGAUACACUGCCUACCUCAAUCAUGUGCUGUAAAAUGUAGGUAGAAAUUUCAGGUUCUAGAUGUAAAAAUUAACAGCACCGAGGAGAAUGAGAUUGUAUUAUAAAAAGGCGGGUUUAGGAUUUAAGUUUUAUGGGUUUAACUUUUUAAGGUCUUUAACACUGAUUAUUAUAUUUUUAUCUAAAAAAAUUUGGGUUCAAAUUUACUA